CAGACCGGCAGAUUAGCUCGACUCAACGCUGCUUAUUAGACGCCCAACCGACCUUGCUCGUUGUUUCCGGAUCUUUUUUUUUUUUUAAUUUAUUUUGAAAAAUUUAUUAUUAGUAUUUUCAGGCAAACCGGUUGUGUUUUUGCGGGUGUAUUGUAACCGCCGUGCUUUCCACGUAUCGUGUGCGGCUUUUCCAAGUUCUCAAGGAAUGCCCAGAGAGCUGACCCAGAACAGGAUCCAAAAGAUCUGGGUUCCUACCAAGGAUGAUAAGCCGGCACCCCGUCGAGCGGGCGGCGCCCCCCACAUCGCCAACCCCCCCACCGUCAUCGUGAUGGUGGGCCUGCCGGCUCGGGGCAAGACGUACAUGUCCAGGAAACUCACGCGCUACCUCAACUGGAUUGGCAUGCCCACCAAAGUCUUCAACGUGGGGGAGUACCGCAGGGAAGCGGUCAAGAACUACAGCUCCUAUGAUUUCUUCAAGUCUGAUAAUGAGUGUGCUGUCAAAAUCAGGGAACAAUGUGCCUUAGCAGCCUUGAGGGAUGUCAAGUUGUACUUACAGGACGAGGGAGGCCAAGUAGCGGUCUUCGACGCGACGAACACAACGAGGGACAGGCGCGAGCUGAUCCUGCAGUUUGGCCGCGAGAAUAGCUUCAGGACCUUUUUCAUCGAGUCCGUCUGUGAUGACCCGAGCGUCAUUGCGUCAAAUAUCAUGGAAGUGAAGGUGUCCUGUCCAGAUUACAAAGACUGCAACAAGACCGAUGCCAUGCUGGAUUUCCAGAGGAGGAUCGAAUGUUACAAAGCCAGCUACCAACCUCUGGACCCUGAUCAGCACGACAGGGAUCUAUCCUUCAUCAAGGUGAUAGACGUGGGCCGGCGCUUCCUGGUCAACCGCAUCCAAGAUCACACCCAGAGUAAGAUCGUCUACUACCUGAUGAACAUCCACGUCCAGCCGCGCACCAUCUACCUGUGUCGACACGGAGAGAGCACAGACAACCUGGAGGGCCGACUGGGGGGCGACGCCGGCCUCUCGCCGAGGGGCAGGCAGUUUUCCACCGCUCUGGCUGGAUUUGUAGCGGAGCAACAGCUGAAGGAUCUGAAGGUCUGGACCAGCCAGUUGUGCUGCAGCAUCCAGACAGCCGAGCACCUGGGGGUCCCGUACGAGCAGUGGAAGGCCCUCAACGAAAUUGACGCAGGAUUGUGUGAGGAGAUGACGUACGAUGAGAUUAAAGAGAAAUUCCCUGAGGAGUUCACCCUGAGGGAUGAGGAUAAAUACUACUACCGCUACCCCGCUGGAGAGUCGUACCAGGACCUGGUCCAAAGGGUGGAGCCGGUCAUCAUGGAGCUGGAGAGGCAGGAGAAUGUGCUGGUCAUCUGCCACCAGGCUGUCAUGCGCUGCCUCCUGGCGUACUUCCUGGAUAAAAGCGCAGAUGAGAUGCCCUACCUGAAGUGUCCCCUGCAUACCGUGCUGAAGCUCACCCCUGUUGCCUACGGGUGCAAAGUCGAGUCCAUCUCUUUAAAUGUGGACGCAGUGAACACUCACAGGGACAGACCAGAGGAGGUGAAGAGGGGUCCCGGCAGCUUGAUCCGGAGGAACAGCGUAACUCCUCUGACCAGCCCCGAGACAAACAUCAAGAAACCACGCAUCGAUGACCUGGACGAGGCUCCCAUCCAGGAGCUCCCCCACUCGGUGGCUUCGUUGGCCCUCUGCAGCCCGUCGCACCUUCCGCUAACACUGGCCGGCCAGCACUGGCUGGGCAAAGUUUGCCUAACCUGAGAAGACACUCAUGACCUUGCCAGUCAGACUGCAGCAAAGACGCGGCAUCCGGCCGCAAUGAAAGUUCUUCAACAAAAAGCCUUUUCAAAUUAAAAGGAUUACAACUUUUUUUCCCCCCCCUCUCACAUUGGUGUACCUUAACUCUUCCAAAACGUGAGGGGGGCUUAUUUUCAUUUCUGUAUUUUUUUUCCUUAGUUUUCAAUCCAAAGAUGUCAUUUCCAAGCAAAAAUCAUCUUCACUUUCAUGCCUUCCUUCAAAUAUUUCUACUGGGACGAAUGAAUGAAUGAAAAGCAAACGUAUUUAAACGUAAAUUUAUUCUUACAAUCGUUCACAAUGGAGACUUUCACAGAAUUGUAUUUAUUUUUUCCCCCCAUGUUUUUUCACAUUGUGUCGAGGUGAAGCCAAAUUAUUUAAUUGACUAUUAUUUAGCACAUUUUGAGAAGCAUUUGGAUUGUAAUCAUUUGUGUCAGUGUCUUUUAAUGUGCUUCAUUACAAGCAGCUUCACGUUAGUGGAGGGCGUUCUUGCCGUAGAGUGCCUGUAGCGCUUGUUUUGCAAGCCUAUUGUUUUGUCCUGUUAUGUUUUCACAUUAAACCUAAUGACAUCACAUAUCAUUCAAAUAAGUAACUUUUCACAGUGUUUAACUAGCUCGGUUGCUACGAAACACGCGGAAUUUAACAGGGUCUUGUUUUUUCUUUGCUGUCGUUGUCCGCAACGCACAAAUGUAAGCACCUCUAUUUUUCUUAUAACAAAGCGUGCUGUUAAUAAUACAUCUGUAAAUAUGAGUGUAUGUACGGUGAAAGUGGAGACGGAUGGAAGACGACUUACUUUCUCGAAUGAGUCUUGAAUUUGAUGUUUUUGUACCAAUGUGGUGGGACUUCAAACGUGAGCAGGGUUUGUGUAUAGAAGGAAAAUGCUUCUCACAUCUUUUGUUGUCAUGUCAGUGUGAUAUACUUGAACUAUGUAUUUGAUUUUAAUUUUUUUUGUAACUGUUUAUGAUGUUCUUUAUUUAUUUGUCUGUAGGUUUUGACACAAUGAGAGGGGCUACUAUGCAGGAUAGAGUAUGUUCUACUUGAUUUUGCAUCUGCUGGACCAAUAAAACUACUAAAAGUAAA